AAAUACUUUCUUCGAUUGGCGCAAAUCAUUUCUGUUGAAGGCGUUGAUUAAACCACUUCAAAUCCAAGCGAGACUAUAUACUUUUCAAAUAAUGAACCCCUUGUUAACUUUGAUUCCUGGAUACCUUUUCAUAACCUUAAUAAUUAUUGGAAGUACAGCACACAGUAAUUCCUAUGCUGUGAAUAAAACCAGUAGUGUCGAAAGUGGUGAGUGGAGCUAUCCUGAAUACGGAAAAGGAUCUACUCACAAUGCCGGAAGAAGACCGGAAAAGCUGGAUCUGCAACAUUAUAAUCGGGAAACUGAACGCAAUGUGACUUUGAAACGCGGCGUGAAAAACUAUCAAAAACAAGGCGAUAAAAUUACGAGGCAUAAACUAAAAUAUAAGCCAUCUGGUGCUCGAAGAAAAAAUGUGAGUCCCCAUUAUGCGGAUGAGAGUACGGAAAGUAGGCAUUAUCAUACAUUCGAAGAGAUCCACGAGCAUAUCGAUGAGGACGAUGGUCAGUACCAGGCAUCCGAGCAGGUCGGAACACAAGCGAUCCUGCACGAACAUGUCGAGCAGUCGGGAAAGAAGGAUGCAAAGCGUAUGAAGGUGAAAAUCAAGCACCACCAUCACCAUCAUCAUCACAACCACAUCAAGGAGCUGAUCAAAACGGUGCCACAACCGUAUCCCGUGGAGAAGGUCGUCCAUGUGCCCAUCGAGAAAAUUGUCGAGAAGAUCGUACAUGUGCCCAAGCUCGUGAAUGUUACGGUUGAGAAAAUAGUGCACGUGCCCAUCGAAAAGAUAGUGGAAAAGGUGAUUCACAUCCCGAAGCCAGUCCAAGUGCCCAAACCAUAUGUGGUCGAAAAGAUAAUUGAGAAAAUAGUCCACGUACCGAAGCCGUAUCCUGUGCUCCGGACUGUCCCGUAUCCGGUCGAAAUAAAGGUGCCAGUUCAUCUCGAGAAGAAGGUACCAGUGCCCUAUAAGGUUGAGGUAGAACGAAAGGUUCCCGUUUACAUUCGCUCCAGCGAGCCAUAUAAGUUCGAGUCAUCUUCAAUCUACGAAAGUUAUCCCCGCGGCGAGGAGUUCAAAUUCAACAUGGAAAUGGAUCAUCCACCGCCCAGAGAACACGAACCAUCCAGCCUUCCUUCAUCAAACUACUACAACAGGAUAUACAAAUCUAGGGAAUUGGAUCAUCCUCCGAGGAUGGAGGACUAUCAAAGCUCCGUGCCCACACAGUUAAAGCACGAUUACGCAACGAAAAAUGCUCCCGAUCAGCAGUUUAAACACGAGUACGUUACGAAAAGUACUAUUGAUCCUCAAUUUAAGCACGAUUACGUGACGAAAAGUGGUGUUGAUCCUCAAUUCAAGCCCGAUUACAUAACGAAAAGUAGUAUUGAUCCUCAAUUUAAGCACGAUUACGUAACGAAAAGUAGUUUUGAAUCGCAGUAUAACCAGGGAUACGUACCCAAAACUAGCAUUGAAUCGACUUCUCCUGGACGGGAUGGGGUUUCCCUGAAACUCAUCGGUCCCCCUACUCCUUUCAAUAUCACGGGAAAGGAUUUGGAGACCGCCAACUCUGCUCCAGAUUUCGUUAAUAGCUCCAACGUAGACCUAAGUCCACAGGAAUCGGCUAACGCCUAUCGCGGUAUGCCAUUCUCUAUACCAUUUCAGUUUGUACAACUCCAACCAAUGGCCUUCCAAAGUCCAGUACAUGUGGAACUGCCAAUCCAAUCCGCUUCAGCAGAAGCUGCUCAAAAGUGAUAAUCUAAUCAAAUGUUUAGAGUAAUUAAUCCUAUUCAGAGAAACUAUCAUAUACCUGCCAGACUUUUAAAAGACUUUUCACCACAAUAAUAAAAAAACUGCUAAAAAUAAGUCGUUUAAUAUAAAAUAUAAUGCAUAAUAGAAUA